UUGAAAUUAUUUAUUACAAUGAAGUUUAUUUUUACUGCCUUAUCUGUCGCUACUUUAACCACUGCUGCUUCUAUAAACAAGAGAGCAGAUGAGUGUCUUACAGCUUGUGUUCAAAGUGUUGAAGCCAAAGGAGAGGUUUGUACCAAAUACGGACCAGACGAAGAAAACAUUUCCAGAUGUAUCUGUCAGCAAGGUUCUUCUUACUGGGAACCAUUGUGGGCAUGUGCUCAGAAAUGUCCAGCUUACUCUCAAAUGAAUUUCUCCUGGGAAGGAGCCAAGCCACUUUAUUGUGCAAUGCACCCAGGUGAACCAACUGAACCAGAAAGUGGUGCCGCAAAUCUUGCAGCAAAGCAGACCAAGACUAGUGAGGAAGCUGCCAAGGAAACCACUUCUGCCCAAGAAGCACCAAAAGAAACCAAAUCUGAAGAAGCACCAAAGGAAACCAAAUCUGAAGAAGCACCAAAGGAAACUCAAUCCCAAGAAGCACCAGAGGAAACAGAAACUCCUGAUGUCACUCAACAUAAUGCUGGUGCAGCAGUUGGUGUCGGAUCUGUUGCUUACUUGUUGGCCCUUGCCAUGAUCUAAGAAGAUU